AUGACAAAAAAGUCAAAAAUAUACGCGUUUGGUUAUAAUGCUUUUAGACAAACUCACCCCGAAAUCCAGGAUGCAAUCAUUGGUUUACCAAUUGAUAUAACGGCAUUUGCAGACAAGAUAAUUUGGGCUAAUAUGAAUUCAACUUUGAGUGAAAAGUCUAUAAAAAAUGGAAAAGCCUCAACUGUAUUGUUAGCAUGGGGUUUUGACUCUGUAGAAAAUAAGAUAAUUUCACCGACUUGUAAAUCUUGGCAAAGAGUGAAAAAGUGCUUUGGUAACGACAAUGGCAUCCUAGGUUUUCUUGAUAUUGACGGAAAUAUUCAUUUCGAAGGGGAAUAUUCGGGAAUGCAUGAGAUUAGUAAUUCUUGCACAAAAAUUGUUGAUGUCUCUCAAUUUUGGACUGGCAAUGCAAUGAUUGUGGUUACAGUGGAUGGAAAAUUAUACAAUUGGAAUAUCGAACAGGUCUCUUCGGAAGAGAUCACACCAAUUGACAAUACAAUCGAUCUUUUUUUCACAAAAGUAGUAUGUGGAGAGAAUCAUUGUUUGGCAUUGACUCGAACAGGACAAGUAUUUAGUUGGGGAUCUGGAAGAUACGGACAAUUGGGUCAUGGUGAUACGAAAUCUUUGGAUAAACCUAAAGUAAUUGAAUUUUUUUUGGGCUUAAGAGUAGUUCAGAUCGCUUGUGGUGGAUGGCAUUCAGCAGUAAUUACUGGAGAUUUAUAUACUUUUGGUUGGAAUCAUUUGGGAAGAUUGGGUAUUCCGCCUCCUGAUAAAAAUGACCACACGCAGCCUAUGAUUAAUUAUGCUGAACCUACACUAAUAGAACUUAACGAAGGAAAAGAUUUUGAACCUAAUAUAAUAAAGGUCUCUUGUGGAAGCGCUCAUACUGCCAUCGUCACAGAUGAUUAUCGACUUUGGACCUGCGGAUGGGGUAAAUAUGGACAACAGGGACAAGGGCCACACAAACUAUUUGAUAAUCUUACCUUCACUCCUUCAGCUAUCAAACUUUGUCAAGGUUAUGUUUAUCGUAACAGAAGAGAACGUUCUCGAAGCCACGGAACAAGAAACAAAGGCGGUUUCACACGAAAUACUGGUGUUCCUAGUAAUUAUCAUAAUGAAAAUAGUAGCGCGUUGUCUUACAAUGUUCCUGCUGGUGAUCCUAGUUUCUUGUCAAUUAAUGGUGAUGAUUCUGGUGUUUCUGUUAAUACUGAUCCUGAUUCUGAGAGAUCAUGCAUAAAAAGUCAAGCAAAUGACCAUAGAAUACCAAAGAAGAGAACCUUAUUACAUCUUGAUCAAAAUUAUACUAUCCAAGGUCUUUCAUGUCAAACAGAUUUUGAUUGUAAUAAUUCUUCAAAUAACCCUCCUGUACUGGGUAAUUAUUUAUGUGCGCAAAAUAGGUGUAAAUUUGUUGUUGCUGCUGGCCAACCAUGCCAUGAUGUAUCGGAUUGUUCUGCCUACUACUAUUAUAGUAGUGUUUCCCAAAAAUUACCUAAUGACAUUGACUUUCUCUGUUCUGCAAGCAAUGAAAAACUCGAAUCCAUAUGUGGUAAUGUGUGGGAAAAUUUUGCGUACUUACCUAAUUUCACUUUAGAAGGUUCUCGAAAAUUUUGUGGUGGUAUACCAUUGAAUGAAAGUUGCUCUUUGGUGGCCACGGAUGUUGAUCCAUGUGAUUAUUCUCUACAGUGUGUCAAUGUUAAUUCGAUAGAUAAUGUAAAGAGAUGCGAAAAUGUCAAUAGUUCCAAGUCCGAUUCUGUUAUUCUUGGAGUUUUCAUAUGCUUGACUGGAAAUAUCAUAUUGAAUAUUGGUUUGAAUGUACAAAAAUUUGCAUUUACUCGAGGAAUGGAAGAUACCAACUUAAUGCCAACAAGAGUAAAUUCAAAUCCAUCAGUGCCGAGUACUGGGUCAGUAUCCUCUCAUAAAUGGUAUAAGAAGUUUGAAAAACUCAUGUUUUGGAAACAGAUUGUGGUGUCACCGCUUUGGGUAAUGGGGCUGUUAAUCUAUAUAGGUGGGACAAUGAUGGGCUUCGUGGCAUUAAAAUUCGCACCUCAAUCUUUGGUAGCGCCGUUAGGAGCUAUCUCAUUAAUAACAAAUUUAUUAAUUGCGCCCAUACUUCACAAGCAAAAGUUAGUUCGCUCAGAUAUUAUUGGCGUUGUAAUUAUUGUAGGUGGAUGUGUAAUGAUUACUUUCGUACCGGGUGAUGCAAUUCAAGGAUGUUUCAUAAUUUUACUUUAUCUAUUUAUUCGGGUUGUUGAAAAAAGAAUUGCAGACCAAGUAAAAGCGGCUAAAAAUGCAUCAAACAGAAAUUCUAUACAAUUAUCAAAGAUUAAUCUAUCAAUGGGAGAUAACAAUAAUAAUAAUAUCGAUAUAAAUAUAACACCACAAGACUUACUCCAACAAAAUAGGUUUUUUGACUCACUCACUUCAAGUCAACAUAUAGAGUUACAAACUUCAGAUACUUCAGAUAAGAUUUCAGAUAUUUUAAAUAAUAAUGAGAACAUACAACGGCAAGAACGAAUCUUGUUACCGAUCGCGUAUGCUAUUUUAGCUAGUAGCAUGGCUACCAUGACUACUUUAUUUGCUAAAUCUUUAAUAAACUUAUUAUCAGAGUCAUUAUUUCACGAUAAUAACCAAUUUAAGGAUUUUUCUUCCUGGAUAAUCUUAAUUGUAACUUUGGUAACGGCAUUUGGGCAAGUGUACUGGUUGAAUAUGGGAUUGAAGAAAUAUGACGCCCUAAUUCAAGUCCCUAUAUUUUUCUGUAAUUGGACUAUUUUUGACAUUAUUGGAGGAGGUAUUUAUUAUGAUGAAUUUAGAAGUUACAGCAUCAAAAAAUAUGCAAUGUUCAUAGUGGGAGUGUUGCUUAUUUUCUUUGGUGUUGGGAUGUUAUCCAAACGAUUGGCAAGUCUGUCAAAAGAGGAAGAAGACUUAUAUAAAAGGCAGCUGAAGUUGAAAGAGACAUUGAAAUUAGUGACGCCGACAAUCCCCCAGGCAAAACCUAAUAAAAAUAUAAACUAA